AUGUUAAAUUCGUGCUAUACCAUCAAAGUGAAUGAGUUGUCCCUUAAAGCUUCGAUUGAUGAAAAAGGGCUUAAUACUACUACAACAUCCCCGCCCUACCGCGUAUCGGUACCGAAACCGAAGCAACCGUCAAAUCGAGUGCCAGCCCAUCUGCAAGGCAUUCGAUACGUUUAUGAAGACUCAGAUGAUGUGAUUCAUAUAAUUGAGCCACCGCAACAUUUUCAGCUGUUGAAACGGCUUAUUAAUCGAACCAACGACCAACGGAAGGUAGGAAUUACUUGGUCAGAGUCAACGAACCAAAUGCCAAUGCCAACGGUCAUAAAACCCGCCACCAACAAAGCAUUAAGUGCAUCAAAGUUGCAAACGAAAGUGAACAAGUUACCAGGGUUUAUAGUAAGACAGGCGCACCAGGUGAAGCAACAGAUCGGAGGCAUAAAAGUAAACCGACCAGUGACAUUGCUUCAAACGUAUAAGCACAGGCGUAAACCUGUCGGUAGCAACGAAGACUCUACUGAUUUAAUGUCUAGUGAGACACAGGUGCAGCAGUUGCCAAUUUUGUUAGCAUCGUCAGCAUUGCCGCGAGAUUUUUUAACGUCCGUUCGAACAACCGAGCGAGUGCUUCAACAGCAGCCACAACAAAGACAGCAUUUGCAACGUGUUACGCAUCGUCAAACCAAACGAACAUCUCACACAGUAAUCAUAGGGCAAGUUCAUGAGCUUAACAAAUUUCAACAAGGCAGUGAUCACAAAAUUAUGGAGGAAAAAUGGCGUAGAGCUCGUGUCCGUCGAGAAACAAGUGACAUAUCUGGGCUUGAAGGAUCAUUGGCAGGAGCUCGAAGGGAUGGCAAACAACCGUCUGCGUUGAACGUCCUUAAAAAUGCAAAAUUAGAUAUACAGAAAGGAACCAGGCUACUUCUGCAUUUGGAUGACUUAUUAAAGAACGCAAAUUUAUAUUUGCCAGAUGAAGGAGAAGUGGUGGACUUGACUGCGAAACAUAGCAUAAGCAAAGAAAGGAAUUUCGAGAGAGUAACUCAAAGUACGACAUAUCCUGGUGCCUUCGACCUGCGAGAGUUCGUGGAGAAAUCAUUAAAUGCUACGAAUUUGUUGAAGGACAAAUUUUCUCCCAAACGCCGAAAUGAAAAUGAAAGACGUAGGAUGUACGUAAAUAAACAAUGGAACAUCCCAGAGGACAUAAGCACAACCAAAUCUGAUCGGUAUACUACUGGUGCUCUUCUCUACGACGAUGUCAUGACCAAUAUACGAAACAUGCUGCAAAAGAAAAAUCUUCAACUCCUAGAGGACCAGCAGAACAGAAACUUCAAUGCAGCCACAGUGCCGGUUGAUCUUAGUAGUUCCUCGUCCUCUGUACUUAUCGACAAUGGUGAUAUGAUAGAAACGAAGAAGUUGUACGAGUACAUCAACGAUCUACAGCGUAUGGUAAAGCAUUUUCCAAAUUCGGAUAUUUCAACGGAGCCCACAUUAGAAGUUCAGAAGCCCACGAACAUGACAGAUUCAACUGACAGGUUCUUCAUUAACGCAAAGGGUUCGAUAUAUGGAGCUCGUUUGGCUUCCAGGCCAAAACUAAGUACCUCACUUUUCCAUCGCUUCCCAGAUAUUCCAUUGGAAUGAGGAACAAUUGCGAGUCACUAA